GCCAACAGAGUUGUCCGCCAUGUUUAGUCAAAUCCAACAUGUGAGAGAGAGAGAGAGAGAGAGAGAGAGAGAGAGAGAGAGAGAGAGAGCAGUACGAAUAUCUCACUCUCUCUCUUGAAGCUGCCGUCAGAUCGAGACGUAACCUAAAAUACAGCCGCACAUCGCACGAGGUUUGACAAUAGUGUGAGUUUGCUGUUUAUCGCAAAAAAUGGGUGGAUGCGCAGCACCAUUUUGCAACAACACCUCGACGAGGGGAUAUCAGAAUAAUGAGGAUCAAUCGCGAUAACCUGUCGUUUGUAGAACUGCAAAGGUGGAGAUUAUAGCUUGUCAGUUCAAAAUUCAGUGGGGAAAAUCAUAAACAUGGCGCACCAAUCAGAAGGUGGACACCGCGUGUCCAGACUCUGGCCAGAGGGUUCUCCACUCUCGCGACCCUCCUCUCGCCCCGUGAAUCGAGCUCCUUCUUCCGCGGCUUAUCAGUUGACAUGUCCCGAUGAGCCGGAUCCUCGUGCCGUUCGUAGCUGACAGCCGUGCUCGACCCUCUCGCCCGAAACCCGUAGAAUGACUUCCAAGCCCGAGAUCACGUUGGAGCACUUUUACAUUUUUAACGGCACUUAUGCGAAGAAGGAGGGAGAGGAGGAAAAGAAGAUACUGUAUUACUAUCCGGAGAAGGACCUGGACGUUCAAAUCAAGAACAUCGGACUCAGCGAGGCGAUAAUCAAGUUUACAGAGUACGCAUCGCCGCUGGAAGAGCGACUUGAGCUCUCGCACCAAAAUUCUGCAAAAGUUUUGAGACCGAAAAUUUACGUGUUCAUUGAGCAGACUGUAAACAAUGCCAAGUGCACAUUUUAUUCAUCUAUUGGAAUUGUAAAGCUUCUAGUUUGGCUUUUAUAUAGUAUGUGAAAGGCUUGAACUUAAAAUAGUCUUCCACCAAACUUUUCAAUCGUGUGUCUCCAUGGAAAACGUUCUUAGGCCGAUGACAGAGCGAUCCGCAAACACUUAAGACUGUCUUACAAUUAGUUGUAUAUAAUAGCCUUUUACGGCUUACGUUUCUCUCUGCCUCGCCUUACGUCUACGACUAAAGCCCGUAUCAGAUUAUAAACUCCUGACUCUGACUCGACUAUUGACUCCGA